UUGUGAUAAUUAUUGUCUUUGUGUUGACACUAUUCGUUGAAAGAAUGCGUUUACACUAUUCGUUGAAAGAUUCUAAUUGCAAUGAAUUUUAUUUCACAAUGUUUUAACUUGACAAUUAAUGCCAUAUUUUUAAUAGAAAGGGCAGCACCUUGAGACAUUCCUGUAUGGAUUUGAGAGAAGUACAGAGCCUCCAAAACCUCGACCUGGGAAACAAGAAAGGAGAGAUUCCGGAGCAUCAUUAUUGUCAAAUUCGAGUCUUAAGUUAUGCCAGACAAUGUUUGAGAACAACGCUAAUGGUAUAGAUAGGCGUGACCAUGUGGACGGUGACUUGUUGGUAGAAAAAUCAGAGGUGGAAGGAAUUUAUGACUCCUUGAUUUACAUAGCAAGGUAUGUUUAUAGAGUUCCGGACUGGUGCCAUCAAUUGUUGUACACUGCACGUAUGUUUGUGAAACAAACUUUAGAAGCAUAUUUAGACUGGUACACAGACUAUAAAGUUCACAUGGUCACACGGGAACACAGGCUGGUCUCACUUAUUCACCUACUUAGAGAUGUGCUUUUCUUCGACAAUGACCCACCGAGGACAGACGAUGAUAAAAGAAAACGUUUCCAAGAAGUGACGACUGGCUGCCUGAACUUCCUGCCAAAACCAGCGGUAUGGGUGAUAGGUGAGACUCCACAUAGAGAGGGAACUUUAAUGAUUCUACAUGCUUUACAACAACCUAAACUUAACAAACAGCUCAGUUACGUGUUCCUAGAUAUAUUCAUCACAGAAUUGUUUCCAGAGUUAAAGCAGUGAUCAACUUUAGUGAAAACAUGAUAUCAUCAGCAAGAAAUCGUUAAAUAUAGAACAAUAAUGUUUUGCUUAACUCAAUAUUUAUAUUGUUCUGUUUUUGAUACCUAAUUUUAAGGUUACAAUCAAAAUUUGAAAGUGGGAACAAACAAUGAUUCAUAAUGUACAAAUCAUUCCUAUUUGCCCGUAUAUGCUUAAAUCCAUAGUCUGCUGGAACCUAAAAUUAUAAACAUUUGCCACCAGUAUAAGGCUAGACCAACCUUCUCAUUCUUGAAGACUAACUAGCAUCUAUACUAAUGACAGACUAACUUUUAAUAUUCACUUUUGUAUCUCAAAAUUGAGAAUGGACAGUUUUCAAAGUGAAAUGUAAGAAAUUUAGCAGGUUAAAGGGUAACUAGCCUCCGAGUCUGAGUGGUGAAUGGCUACCUAACAUCGAUCCUCUACUCUUUCAGUGCAAUUUCCUUGCUAAAACUGUUUAAAUCAGUAUUAUAUCAGAGGUUUAUCACAAUUUUGUUAUAACUUGUAUAUGUUAUGUCAAAUAUUUAAUAUUGUCAUUUAUAUGUAUUGGAUGUUUGUCUGUUUGGGUAGAUUAUAGAUCCACUGUUAUAAUCAACUGUGUUGUUUGAAGGUAUGUGCAGGAAUAGAAAGAAGUGUCUAUUUUGUUCCGUAAUCAAAUACGAGUAAAUACCAUGUAAAAAUAUUUAGAUGUAGUAAUUAUGACGUGCAAUAUAACAUUACAUGCUGUGAUAAAUUAUGUAUUGAAAUGAAAAAUAUUGUAAUUUGAUAGACAGUAAGACUUGAAUUCCUAUCAUAGACACAAUUAGAGAAAAAAUACAAUAGUCGAGGUAUUGUCACUGAAGUGCUUUUUAUCGCGCUUAACCACAGUGGUUUUGAAAACUAAUAUAGUUUGACAAGGACAUAAAAUUGAAAGUUUGUAAAAGGCCAUAAGUUUUGAAUAAGCGUAACGAAUACCUAAAAGCAAAAUUGCUUUAUCCAAAAGUAAAAUAUAAAUAACUUCAAAAGAAUUUUGAUCAUUAAGUCGUUUGAUAAUUUUCCUCUUAUAUAAGGAUUAAUUGCACUAUUCACUCUAUAGACAAAAUAUUUUCAAUCUUUGUUCGAGUAUAAUGUAUUCAUAAAGUUUUCAUUUUUAAUGGUUACAUAUGAAACAAACAUUUAACAAAUUUAAUGAUAAUUUUAAUCAAGGAAUUAUUUGUGUUAAACAUUUACAAUCGCUUUUAGAAAAAAUAUUAUUCUAAAACUUUAAAAAUAUCUCUAAACAAAUUAUUUUUCACAAAAUUAUUUGUUGCCCUUCAUUGAUGAAUUGAUGCUUAACUGUUCAUUUUUAGCUUGACUAGGGAGGAAUAUUGUAGUCGCCCCGGCGUCGGCGACGCACUAAGUUAAAGAUUUUGCGUGCAAGUUUGUAACUCCAAAAUACACAAUAACUUCAGACACUUACUUGAGAGCUAAAUAUGAUGUUAUUUUAUCUAUACAAGACCCAUAACCAAAGCAUAUAAUUUGACAGAAAUAUUGCCCUUUUUUAAAUUGCACGUUAUCCAGUCACUGGGAAUGGUCGGGCACUCGGUCAUCAGAUAACUAUUAUUACUUUGAAAUAUCUGGAAAUUUUAUAAGCUAAAACUUCUAGCUAUUAUGAUUGCUGCGGAGUCAUUGUCAUCUUUGUCGUUGUCAUUAUCACGGUGUCUUAUGUUGCCCAUUAUUCAAACAUCUCAACAUGAAACUUGGAAUACUUGCUCAUCAUGACAUGUGCAGUCGUUAG